AUGGCUGGCCUGAAUGUCUCCAUCGUGUUCUUUUUCCUGGUGGUGGGGACGUGCCAGGUGCUCAGGAGGCUUUCCAAGAGGUUCCUGUCUCCUGGAGCGUAUGAAUGCCUUGCCAGGGAACUUGCUGGCUCAGUACAGCUCUGCACCAGCUGCCUGGAGCUGAGAAUGUUGAUGGAGAUAGGCCCGUGGGGUGGUGGCUUUGGCCCAGAUGUGGUCAUGACUCUGCUCUUCCUCCUCUUCGCCCUUCAUGCCGCCUCGUUCGACGGAGCAUCCGCCAACCCCACCGUCUCUCUCCAGGAGUUCCUGCUCCUGGAGUCCAACCUCUCCACGACUGCUGCCAAGCUGCUGGCCCAGGCUGCGGGCGCGGGCACGGGUUGGGCUGUCACCAAGCUCUACUGGUCCUGGGAGCUGACAGAUUUCCACUUCAUCCAGAACCUGAUCGCCUCGGAGUGCAGCUCCUCCAUCCACACCUCCCUGCACCACGCGGCCUUCCUGGAAGGCACCUGCUCUUUCCUCCUCCACCUUCUCCUCCUCAAGUUGCGCCAGAGUCAGCCCAUCUACCGUGUCCCUGCCCUGGCAGGGACUGUCACCUUCCUGACCUACACAGCUGGACCAUUCACAGGAGCCUUCUUCAACCCUGCCCUGGCCACGGCCACCACCUUCCACUGCUCAGGAAACAGCUUUUGGGACUACAUCCAGGUUUACUGGUUGGGUCCCAUUGCAGGGAUGCUGGUUGCCCUCCUGCUCUACCAGGGCAACAUCCCACGGCUCUUCCAGAAAAACCUCCUGUACAGCCAGAAGAGCAAGUACAAGAUACCCAAGGCCAGGGUGGCAGCCCCUGUGGAGGGGGAUGAACCACAGCACAAGAGGAAAGGGGAGAAGAGCAGCUCUGAGCCUCGUGCCUGA